GGUUCUCACUCAUAUACCACAAAACGCAACAUAUCGUUCACCCGAAAUUCAAAAUCAAAUAAUUCAAGCAAUGGUUCAAGCGGUACGAAGUUCCAUUGUCAAAGAUAUUAAUGAAUCUGACGUGAAAUGGUUUACUCUAAUGGAAGAUGGGACGAGAGAUAAAAAUAACCGCGAAAAUAUUGCAUUAGCAAUACGCUACGUCAAGGAUGGUGUCGUCAAUGAGUCGUUGCUGAUGGUUAAGACUACUGAAAAUCUUGAUGCAGCCACUUUCACGGAAUUAACGUUAAAUACUCUCACGGAAAAUAACAUUGACCCCUCUUGUAUGCUUAGCCAAUGCUAUGAUGGCGCAAGUGUAAUGAGUGGGAAAGUUUCAGGAGUUGCGACUAGAAUAGAAAAUAAAUUGGGCCGAAAAAUUCCUUACGUCCACUGCUAUAACCAUCGCUUGCACUUAAUAGUCAUCAGGACUAUCUCAGAAAUGACUUUUAUUCGUUUAUUUUUUGACCAAUGCAUCAUGUUACAUGAAUUCUUUCAUCAUGGCAAAAUAGCUGCCUUAUAUGAUGGAAAAAGGAUUGGCCGACUCCUCGAACAACGCUGGUCUGGACAUUUAGCAGUUACAAAAGUUGUAUACGAUAAUUAUUCAUCGAUUUUGCAGACUUUGAAAGAAAUUAAAAAUGGCAGAUUCAACGGUGAUGACGUCGCCAAGAGUAUAGGUAUUAAAAAAGUCAUGCUUGAUCUGGAAUUCCGAAUAGCCAUGGUUGUGGCCAAAAAAAUCUUAUCCACGCUACAACCUGCAGACAAAGCUUUGCAAGCCCGAAGCGCAGGAUUAAAAGAUGCCAUAACAAUCAUAAAGUGUGUCAAAGAUGAAAUUAUUAAAUUAAGAUCAAAUCAAAUGUAUAAUCAAAUUCUGGAAGAAGCUAAGUCUUUAACAAGCAAUGACUGCGGCGAAUCUGAAAAUAGGACACAGACCUCGAAGAGGCAAGUAAAAAAACCAAAUCGGAUGGAUGACUAUUUGACGUACACCCCCUGUUCCUCCGCCAGACAAAAUAUAGAUGAGAACGACGAGCCAUUUAAGUCUGAGUAUUUCGAAACGUUGGACAUUUUAAUUGCUGAAUUACAAAGAAGGUUUUCGGACAACGAUGAUUUAAUUAAUUCGAUUGCAAGUCUUGAUGAGUUGGAUGUAGAUAAAAUGGUUCCACUGAAAAAUUUGGGUCUGAAAAUUCCAUCAAGAGAAGAGGCUAGUGUGGUUAAAGCUUACUUGAGUCGUAACGAGGAUAUAAUGGAAAAUACAUUGCAAGUUUUGUACAGGCAACGAGAGGCGUUCAAAGAUACAUAUGAACUUUUUGCGUCUGUGGCGACCAUAGGAUGUAGCACUGCAGUGUGUGAAUCUACGUUUUCAACUUUAACUGCAAUCAAUAGGCCUCAAAGGCUGUCAAUGGGUCACGAGAGAAUGGCUGGUAUGGUAUUUCUGGCCUUUGAAAAAAAAAGAACAAAAUCAGUUGAUCUGAACGAAGUUCUUCGCAUUUUUAAUAACAUGGCGAAUCGUAGAAUUCAGCUGUUUUAAAUGUUUUUUAUUAUUAUGUUAGUUAAUUAUUAUAAUAAGUACGCAAAAACAAUGUGAUCUUAAUGGUA